AUGCCUGGAAACAGCUUCAUUAAUGUGCCUGAUGGUUGGCCAUCCAAUAAUCACGUUCCCGGUGGUAUUGAUGGACCUGGACAUCAAAGCUCGAGAUCUAGUAUCAGAGUUGCUAUUAGUAUUGCAUGUAUUGUUGGAGCUUUGACUGAUGGUAGAGAUGUUAAACUAGGAAGGUUUAAAGGGCGUUCACUUUUCAGAUUCCAUAGCAGUACCGAGCCUCCUCCGACUUCAUUGAGCUUUUCUAAUGAUCAUUUGCUGACUACAAAUUCAAGAUCGUUGUCUGGGCAAAUGGAGUCUGGUACAGAAAUUAUUGAGAAUGUAUCGUCCAAGGGAGUGGCUAUUGCAGUGGCAUCUACUAAAAUACAGCAACCUGUUGCACUGGAUGUAUAUUUGCCAGAUCAAUUGGCUGGAGAAUUGUUUUUCGUGGAUGCCUCGCUAGCAUUCACAGCUGAGUUAUCUCGAGAUCCAGCAGAGACACAAUAG